GAGGCAGCACUCACAGAAGAACAGAGCAAUGUACAUACACAGACUCCACCCUCAGCCCAACUGACUCCAGGAGGUUCCUUCCUCUGGGAGGAGGCUGAGGUCUGGGAAUAAAAGCAGAGCAGACACCAGGGGAGCCCAGCUUGGCAGCAGCCUGAGAGACAAACCUCCUCUCCAGAGGAAGAGCCUAGCCUGCAGCAGAGAAUAUGGAGCUCACCUCAGCCCCUCUCCACAAAGGACAGGUCUUCUGGAGGAGACUCCUGCUCACAGCCUCAAUUUUAACCUCCUGGACUUCUGCCACCCCUGACUAUUAUGGACCAUCUGUCCCUAUUGAAGCAGUUCCACCCCAUGUUGCUGAAGGGGACAACCUUCUUAUACGUAUCCCUAAUAUAGGAAAAGCUACCAUUUCCUGGUUCAGAGAAUUAGGAUUCGGGACCCUUGAGUGGGCUAGACUUGCACAAUUUUCAAAAUCCAAAGGAGUAUAUUGGAAAGGGGAACAAUACACAGAUCGACAUAAAAUAUACGACAAUGGAUCCAUGUUCAUCCAGAAUAUUUCUAAUGCAAAUGGAGGAAAAUACGAUGUAUUCAUACACCUUGAUGAUAGGAGAGUAAUGCUUUUUGCAACUGGGAUCGUGCAUGUAUACAGGGAGUUACCUUUACCCUUCAUCCAAUUCAACACCACCACACUCAAAGAACUGGAUCCUGUGUUCCUGACCUGCUCCUUUCAUAUUCCACACUACAAUGCCUUGAGAUAUAACUCCAUCCGAUGGCUCCUCAAUGGCCAGAGUUUAGAGCUCACAAACAGGAUGAAGCUGUCCCAGAAGAACAGCACCCUCACCAUAGACCCUGUCAUUAGGAAGGAUUCUGGAGAGUACCAGUGUGAGCUCUACAAUUCUCAGAGUUCCAAGAGGAGUAAUGUCAUCCAGCUGGACAUAAUAGUCUCUCCCACCACUGCCCAAGUCACUGUUGAAGCAGUUCCGCCCCACGUUGCUGAAGGGGACAAUGUCCUUCUACUUGUCCACAAUCUGCCAGCGACACUCCAAGCCUUUUACUGGUACAGGAGAGAAACUGAUGUUGAGAGGAAUAAAAUUGCAGGAUAUCUAAUGUUCAGUAAUAUAAAAAACACAGGCCCUGCAUACAGCGGCAGAGAGAUGAUAUACCCCAAUGGAUCCUUGCUCUUGCAGAAAGCCACUCAGAAAGAUGCAGGAGCCUACAUGCUUUACAUGGUAACAGAAAACUUUAAUUUUAGGAGUGCAUCCUUGCAGAUCCGAGUACACAAGACAGUGACUACACUCUCGAUCCAAGUCACCAACACUACACUCAAAGAACUGGACUCUGUGUUCCUGGCCUGCUUCUCAAAUGAAUUAGAGACCUCCAUCAGUUGGUUCUUCAAUGCUAUCUCCAUCUAUUGGCUCUUCAAUGGCCAGAUGCUGGGGCUCACAAACAGGAUGAAGCUGUCCCAGAACAACAGCACCCUCCGAAUAUACCCUGUCAGGAGAGAAGAUUCAGGGAACUAUCAGUGUAGGGUCUCCAAUCCAGCCAGUUCCAAAAGGAGUAACCACAUCCGGCUGCGCAUAUUACCCUCUCCCACCACUGCCCAAGUCACUGUUGAAGCAGUUCCGCCCCACCUUGCUGAAGGGAAGAAUGUUCUUCUACUUGUCCACACUCCAAAAAAGACAGUCCAUUCAUUUUACUGGCACAAGGGAGAAAGUGCUGUUAAGAGGAAUGUAAUUGCACAAUUUUUAAUAUCCAAUAAUACAAAUGAAACAGGGCCUGCAUACAGUGGCAGAGAGAUGAUGUACCCCAAUGGAUCCUUGUUCUUCCAGAAUGUCACUCAGAAAGAUGCUGGAAUCUAUUUGGUAUUUAUGAUAAUGGAAAACUUCCAUGUUAUGAGAGCAUCUGUGCAGUUCACUGUACACCCCAAGUAAUUCUCUAUAACCUCUCCUGGUAGAAGCCAUGCUGUCACCCCUGGGAAAGGCACAGGAAUGUUUUGCAAAUAGAGCUGUUUAGAAGGCAAGGCCCUUUGGAGAAUCCCAUCCAUUUGGAAAGACCUAUGGAAACAAUACCACAGACAUCUGUGCUGAUCCUAGGGAGCUCAUGGGCUUCAGGCCUCUCUAACUUUGGCUAUGCUUAUUCUUAGGGUAAAUCUUAGUUUUGCUUUUUAGUUGUGAUUUUGCCUGAGUUUACUGGGAAUAAAAGCUCUGGGUUUUUUU